GUUCAGAUUUUUUCUCUCUCGCUUUUUUCUGCUGGGAAUUGAUAGAUUUGUUUAUUUUUGCGGUUGAACUUGAUUUGAAGAACAGUGGAGCGAUAUCCGUUUCAAUCUAGGGGAGUUAUGACGUUACUUUUACCUUGAUCGAUACAGGAUCUCGCUUUCGAAGAGCUUCUAAUAUCCCAGGGUUUAGGCUUAUGGCGAUAAUCUGUACCUUUUGCUGUUUUGCUGAAUCAGAAGUUCUCUCGAUUCCCUGUGUUACGUAAUUCGGAGUUUAGAAGAGAAUCAGGGAUCGUGUUCACAUGUUUAGUUAUGUCUGUGAUGAUUAUGAAGACUAUAUUGCCAGUGAUGUUCUUGAAGUUUCCAUCUCGGAAUUUUAGGGUUCUUCUGGUGUUGGAUUGGUGAGAUAUAUGCAUAUGAACCUUAUGGUUAUAGGGUUUCGGACGUUCUUGCCUUCACAAGUUUAUGAUUGACCUAAUACUCACCAGCACUGAACCACAAAUAUGACGGAUCUACCGGUUUAUGAUCUUCCAUCUUUAGUCAUUUUCCCCACCGGUACACCUCUCCUAAUGGCCAUGGAUCAGUACUUUGAAGAAGCUGGUUUGCCUGGCAACUUUGACAAGGAUGGUGCAUUCUCUGCCAAGAACAGGGAAUCCCAUUCGAAUUUGGUUUCGGUUUCUGAAGAGGAUGGUAACUUCGACUGCAACAUUUGCCUAGACUCUGUGCGGGAACCUGUUGUCACACUCUGCGGCCACCUCUUCUGCUGGCCAUGCAUUCACAAGUGGCUUCAUCUGCAUACCAUCUCCACCAGCGACGAACACCAGAGACAUAACCACUGUCCUGUCUGCAAAUCUGAAGUCUCUUACGGAACAUUGGUCCCACUAUAUGGCCGAGGCCGUUCCAUAACCGAGGACGAACGAAGAAUUUCAAUGCCCAGAAGACCCAUAGGCCCAGCUUACAGGAUUGAGAGACCAAAUUCACCACAUUCCAGUGUCAAUCUGCGGUUUCCACAACAUGGGCACUACUCACCGGUUCUGAGCUCGGGCAGCUUGUCAUACUCCAUGGUUCUAGACCCUGUCAUAGUGAUGUUUGGAGAAAUGGUGUCGACGAGGUUGUUUGGGACACGGGUUACGGAUACGUUGGCAUACCCGGACGCGUAUAACCUCGUAGGGACCAGCGGGCCGAGAAUGAGAAGGCAGAUGAUGCAGACAGACACAUCACUGAGCAGAGUAUGCUUCUUCUUGAUGUGUUGUGUAGUUCUGUGUCUGCUUUUGUUUUAGAUUAUGGUUGUGGUCGUACUCGUACUCGUACUCGUCGUCAUGUUCAUAUGGCCAUAUGGGUGAGGAAGACAAGACGAGAAGUGUACAUUGUGUAAGAAAGAAAUCGUAAUCAGCAACCAUGCGAAAUCUGGGUUGUGUCAGAUUGUAUAGCUAAGUUGGUAUCGUUGGUUUGAGAUGAUGAAUAUGAGUUGAAACCCGUUCACUCUUGUAGCCCAAGUGCGUAUAAUAAGCCCGAAAAUUUAAUGUUUUCAUUAGGUUUUCCGGUGCCA